AGUGGCGAGAUGUUUUCAAUCAUUUAAAAUGCCAGAAAGUAUGGAAUCAGCGUCACUGCAAGAUUUGGAGAACCUUUGCGCAUCAAUUCGAACUGUGAAAUCCUGUACUGAGCCAUACAAGAGUGCUUGUGCAGCAGAUCAGACUUUUACGGGGAUCAUGGGUAGUAUGACUCAGGCUGCUAUGCUUUGCGGAGAUUCUGGUUGCAAUUUAAUGAAAUGCUACUCAGAUGCUGGGAUUUCUAUGUACAAUACAGGAGGUGGCUCACCAAAUAUCAGCUGUAAUGGUUUUAUGUCAUUGAAAAUCUGUGUAGAAAGCCAGGAAUCGGCCUGUCAGCAGAAUCCAAUUUACUCAAGUGUUCAGGAAUCUCUCAAGAAAGUAGAAGUAAUGUGUGGCUAUCCAGGUAGAAUGAAAAUAAUAAAUAAGGAAUUAAAUUCCUCUUUAAACUGCAUGUUGUGCUAA